AAACCAACCUCACUCUCCUUUUCUGAUUCCUUCAAUUCAUAACCUUAGCGGAACCCACCCACAAAGAGAAAAUAUCUCCUUCAACAAUGGCCACCAUCACUUCAACAGCUGUUGCUAUCCCAUCAUUCACUGGGCUCAAACUCAUCGAGAUGAGCUCCAGUGUCAAGGUUUCAGCAUCUCCUGUUCCUAGGUCGAGCUCUGUGAAGGCCUCACUCAAGGACUUUGGUGUUGCGGCGGUUGCAGCCACAGCUGCUGGUGCAAUGCUUGCUAGCAAUGCCAUGGCCAUUGAAAUUUUACUUGGUGGUGAUGAUGGGUCAUUGGCUUUUGUUCCAAGCUCGUUCUCUGUUAGCCCUGGAGAAAAGAUUGUGUUCAAGAACAAUGCCGGCUUCCCACACAAUGUGGUGUUCGAUGAGGAUGAGAUUCCAAGCGGUGUUGACGCAUCGAAAAUCUCCGUGUCUGAUGAAGACCUCCUCAAUGCUCCUGGCGAGACUUAUGCUGUUACUUUGACUGAGAAAGGACAAUACUCUUUCUACUGCACCCCUCACCAGGGAGCUGGCAUGGUGGGAAAGGUGACUGUUAACUAAGUGUGCUCUCAUAAUUCUUUUUCUUUUUUACCACCUUGGUAGUAAUUGAGUGAGUCUAAGAGUUUCAUGGUAUCAUUUUCAGUGCAUCCUAAAGUUCGAAUUGGUUUUCACCGGAAUCAUAUAAUAUAAUACAUAUUACAUACCGUACUAUACUAAUAAGCAAGAGAGAAUUGAAUGUGGCGUACCAAACAGAUAUAUGCUUUUUAUUUUCUUGAAAGUAUCUAAAUAUUUACCCUA